GGAGACCUUGGUGUGCGGAAGUGUGCUGCUGCUGAAUGGCUCUCGCAAUUAGCGACCCUGUUAGGGAGUUGCAGGAUGAAGUCACCUGUGCUAUAUGCCUGGAUCAUUUUAAAGACCCAGUUUCAAUAGAAUGUGGUCACUGCUUUUGUAGAGCCUGCAUUAUCCAAACAUGGAGAGGUAUUCGGAGCAAUUUUCCAUGCCCUCAUUGUCGAAAGACAUCCAAGUGGAAGUUUUUGAGACCCAACCGCCCUCUGGAGAAUGUGUUGGAAAUUUCAAACCGUAUGCUUUUUACUGAAGCAAAUGAAAAACGUAAAAAGCAGUGUAGAAAACACCAGGAGCCACUAAAGUUUUAUUGUCAAGUUGAUGGAGAAGAAAUUUGUGUCAUCUGCAGGGAAUCUGUGGACCACAGGAGCCAUGUUGUAAUGCCAGUGGAGGAGACAACCAGAGAAUUUCAGGUGGACAUUCAGGAACGUCUGAUAGCAUUAAGAAAUAAAGUAGCAGAUAUAAAAAAAAUCAAAGGUGAAGAAGAAGAAACAGCUUUAAAACUUCAGGAUGAAGUUGUGCAGAAACGUAAAAUGGUGGCUGCAGAAUUUGAAUCACUGCGACAACUUUUGGCCGAUCAAGAAAAACACAUUAACAAUCGCUUGGAAAACAUGCAAAAAACCAUUCUGCAGAAACAUAAAGACAGCAUAUCCAGGCUAAACACACAGCUGUCAUCUACCCAAAAAACAAUUGCUGACCUUGAAGAAAAUGCUCGCCCUUUAUUGAGCCAAAGUUACCAGUCUGUGUCCCUUUGGGGAUAUUUCGAUUUUACUUCAAUCUACUCCCUGUCCCUGAGACACAACGUAGUAAGUGAAAUACCCAAUUUUGAAUUUGUACAUCCUCUGUUCGGAGACCCCAGAACAUGCAACCAGCAGAGAAGCAAUUCACCCAAAAACUUUUUCAAGGCCAUAACUGUUGCAUUAUCCUUUGACCUUAAAACAGUCAAUCAAAAUCUUCUGGUUAUCUGCAAUCGAAAAUGUGUCAAAUAUGUCGAAGAUCCCAUAAAACGAGUGCCAUGUCCUGAGAGGUUUGACUCAAAGCCUUGUGUUUUGGCUACUGCUGGAUUCGAAUUAGGGAGGCAUUACUGGGAAGUGGAAGUGGGAGGUGGCAUAUAUUGGAGCAUUGGGGUUGCUAAAUGGUCUGUGCGCCGCAAAGGGGGAUUUAGAAUUGAGCCCAAUGGUGGAAUAUGGGCAAUAGGUCUACUUGGCAUGUAUAUGGAUCGAUACUAUGCCUUCACCAAUCCCGAUAGCCUCUUGAAUCCUCGAGAACGCCCUGAAAGAAUUGGGGUGUUUCUAAACUCUGAUGAAGGCUGUGUUUCUUUUUACAAUGCUGUCAGUUUUGAACACCUUUUCACAUUCAAUACUCUCCAAGCUCAUGAUAAAAUGUUUCCAUUUUUUUGUGUAGGGGCUGUGGGAACAGAAUUGAGACUUGACGACGAUUAUAACUUUUAGAAUUUUUUAGUCAAUGCUGCAGGUGCCAACAU